CCCGUGACAGAGCGAUGGCAGCCCGUCAAGCGUUGACGCAAGGCGACCUCUACCAGCUCAUUUGCAGCUACCAGGUCGGCGUCUUCUUGGACGUGCGCCCGCGCUUCUGCGCCUUCCACAACUUUGUGACGUACGAAGACGCCUCUGACGAAGACGAAGAGGCCGAGUACGUUGUCGCCGACGGCUUUGUCACGAGCGCCAGCCACCUCGUCCACAAUACAUCGGGGCAAGACGCCAUUGGAGCGAGCGAUUUGGGCCUCGCUGUCGACGACGGGCCAGACGAUCGCUUUCCGCUCCACCUCGCCAUCGCCGAAGGGGCCAAAGACGAUGCGCUCCGAAUCCUCGCGUGCCGCCCGGACCUCGCGAGCGAAGAAGCCAUUGACGUGGCCAUCUUGCACAACCACCUAGCGCUCGCGCAUUGCCUCAUUGCCGCCAAGAAGCUAUGGCCAGGCCUUGCCUGUCGUAGCAUUCUGAGCGGCUCGAGUCGCCUCGAAAAAGUCGGCACAUCGCUCGUCUACAGUGUCGUUGCACACGAUGCACCGGCGCUGCUCGACUUUCUUGUCGCGUACCAAGACAUUCAAAAGUGGCCAGCCGACCUCCUCAAGCAUGCUAUUCAGCACAACGCAUCGGUGCUCGCGUCGGUCUUGUAUGCGAGCGACCCAAGCCUCGCAGACGCUCGCACGUUGGACGCGGCGGCGGCCAAGGGCUACUUGACCUUGGUGCAGCAGCUCGACGCUACUGGCAUCGAGUGCUCGACCAAGGCGAUGGACCAAGCAGCGCGUCAUGGCUUCUUGGACGUCGUACGCUUCUUGCACGAGCAUCGGACGGAAGGUUGCUCCGAUGCAGCGCUCCGGGGCGCGAGCGAGGCAGGUCGUUUGGACGUGGUGCGCUUCUUGGUGGACCAUCGGACCGAAGGCGAUCUCAGUGCUGCGUUUGUCGCGGCCGCCAAAGCCGGUCGCGUGCGUGUCGUUGAGUACCUUGGAGGCGUCCGUGACGGCUGCGUCCAUUUGCAAACGACACGAGACACGCGGUUCGGCCUCGUCACCUCGGUGCUCGCCACCGGCGGCGUUGACGUCUUGCUCUACUUGUCGCGCUACGAUCGCAUCUACCACUUGCCCCGGGACUGCGACGACAUUUCGUCGCUCCUCACAAGUCGUGACCCGGUCGCCGCUGUUCGCUACAUCGUCGAGCGUGGCGUCCAGUGGAAAGCGACCUGGAUGGACGAGGCCUGUGGCAUCGGCCAUUGGGACCUCGUUCAGUUCUUUUACAAGCACUCGCCCGCCGGCUGCACGACCAACGCGUUGACGAAUGCGGUGGCGUCGGGCCAUUUGGACAUUGCGGCCUUUCUCAUGGACCACUGCGACGAGAAUGGCUCGGCCGACGCGCUGACAACGGCGGUCGAGACGGACAACGUCCGCAUGCUCGAGUGCCUCUGGCACCGAUACCCGAAACACCGAGGAAAGCACUUGCUUUAUACAGCACGAAGCAGCGGGCGCCAAGCGUGCAUUGCCUUCUUACGCCUUCGCUACGAGGACGACGACGACGCUAGCGACUCUGAGAGCGCGCCAUUGUAGCCGAGGCGCAAAGAGGGUUUAACGUUUUAACCCACCGUUCAAUCUGAGGUUAACACCUAUAUAACCUAUCAUACACUAAAUUGGGG